AUGUCAGUGCCGUUCAAGAACAUCUACCAUCUGCGGCAUGUAGCAGAGACCGCGCAGAAACCGUGCAUCAUAUGCUACAAACCCACCAACGCAGUGCUCGUAUCCGAAGAUGGCAAGAACGAUUUCUUCUACACCUGUAAAGUACACCUGACUGACAGCGGGUUUGCGAUCCCCGUUACGAACCCAGCCGCCGAGGCCGCGAAGCGGAAGCAAGCGGCUCUAGCGCUCGAGAUUGAGAAAGUGAAGAAGGAAUGGGAGAAGAAGCAAGGGAACCGAAAGACUGAACGGGAAAGGAAAGAGAAGGAGCGGUCAAAGGAGAAGGAACGGGAUAAGAAGAAAGAAGCGGAAGACGACAAGGCGGAGAACACUCUCGACAAGCGCGACAAGGCCGAGCAUAAAGAGCAGCUUGCGAAGCUAGAGACGCAGAAAGAAGAGGCUGAGAAGGAGGCUGCGGCCGAGGUUCGGAUCUUCAAUCUCAACAAGGCUAUCUACGCGAUGCGAAUCAACAAUUGGCGGAAUAUACAGCGAUCAAAGAAGACGGCCGAGCUGUUACGGAAACCUGGCGGCUUGCCGUCAGUGCCAUCUUCGCUACCGGGCACGCCGAAACCUGCCGAAGACGAGGACUGA